AUGGAGUAUCCGUUACAGACCCGGACCCGGAAUUACGUCAAAUUGGGUUAUCACUACCUAAUAUCUCACCUUUUGAAGCUUUUAUUGGUCCCUUCAAUGGUGGUUUUGCUCACGAACAUGUCUCUCUUAAGCCUAAACCAGCUUUGUCUCCACUACCUCCAGAACAAUCUCCUCGGAUUCAUCUUCCUCAUAACCGUAGCGAUUUUCGGAUUCGUCGUCUUUUUCAUGUCGAAACCGAGAUCGGUUUACCUUGUCGACUACUCAUGUUACCUCCCGCCUUCUAAUCUCAAAGUUAGCUACAAGAAAUUCAUGGAUCGUUCUAAACUGAUUCAAGAUUUCAACGAAUCUUCGCUUGAGUUUCAGAGGAAGAUCAUGGAGAGAUCCGGUCUCGGAGAAGAGACUUACCUCCCGGAAGCUCUUCAUUGUGUCCCUCCUCGUACGACUAUGGCCGCGGCGCGUGAAGAAGCGGAACAGGUAAUCUUCGGUGCACUCGACAAUCUCUUCGAGAAUACGGAAAUCAACCUUAGGGAGAUUGGUGUUUUGGUGGUGAAUUGUAGUUUGUUUAACCCUACACCUUCUUUAUCCGCUAUGAUUGUUAACAAGUAUAAGCUUAGAGGAAACGUCAAGAGCUUUAAUCUAGGAGGAAUGGGAUGUAGUGCUGGUGUUAUCGCCAUUGAUCUUGCGAAUGAUAUGUUACAAAUACAUAGAAACACAUUUGCUCUUGUGGUUAGUACAGAGAACAUUACUCAGAAUUGGUACUUUGGUAACAAGAAAGCAAUGUUGAUCCCUAAUUGCUUGUUUAGAGUUGGUGGAUCAGCGAUUCUGCUCUCGAACAAGACUCUUGAUCGAAAACGAUCAAAGUAUAAACUUGUUCAUAUGGUAAGGACUCAUAAAGGAUCUGAUGAGAAAGCAUUCAAUUGUGUGUACCAAGAACAGGACGAGGCUUUGAAAACCGGAGUUUCUUUGUCUAAAGAUCUAAUGGCUAUAGCUGGAGAAGCUCUAAAGACGAAUAUCACCACUUUAGGUCCUCUGGUUCUUCCAAUUAGCGAACAAAUUCUGUUUUUCGCGAAUUUUGUGGCUAAAAGAUUGUUCAACGCCAAGAACAAGAAGUCUUACAUACCGGAUUUCAAGCUUGCCUUUGAUCAUUUCUGUAUUCACGCGGGAGGUAGAGCCGUGAUCGAUGAGCUAGAGAAGAGUUUAAAGCUUUUGCCAAAACAUGUGGAAGCGUCAAGAAUGACAUUGCACCGAUUUGGAAACACUUCCUCGAGCUCGAUCUGGUAUGAAUUGGCUUACACGGAAGCUAAAGGAAGAAUGAGAAAAGGGAACCGAGUUUGGCAGAUUGCGUUUGGAAGCGGGUUUAAAUGUAACAGUGCGGUUUGGGUGGCUCUUUGCGAUGUCGAGCCUUCGGUUAACAGUCCUUGGGAACAUUGUAUCCAUAGAUAUCCGGUUAAGGUUGAUCUCUGA